CACGACGGGAGGCAGAGAGGGUCAAACGGCGUCUUCCGCGUUGUGAGAUCAGUGAGAAACCCUCAAACAGCGACAGACGAGCUUCUCCUUCAGAUCCUCGACUCCAGAAAAGAAGCGUCCAGGGUAAUGGUGUGAUGUCAGCUGACGCCCCCUUCCUGCCACUGCUGAGCUGCUGACUGUCACCACCUUCAUCACCUCCAUCCAUCCUCCUCCUCAUCAUCAUGACCCUGGGAGACAACCCUCACCUGCUGCUCGGCAGGAUCCGCUUCCUGAACCGCUGCAUCGAGAGCUUCCGGAGGAGCGAGCCGGUGCCGGAGAGUCUGUGCUACGUGCCCCGAGAGGUGUGCUACAAAAUCUGCAAGGACUCGUCGGCCACCUCCGGAGCCGCCUCGGGAGCGUCUGCAGGCGGAUCCGGGGCCGGUAAGACUCUGGUCCCGGUCUAUGAGAGUCCCCAUCAGGUCCCACACAGCAAGAGGACGUGCAAGUACAACAUCGAGCCCAAGAAGGGGACGUGUAUCCGGACCACAGGGGAAGAGUACUGCAACAGCCAGGGCCUGUGGGUGAAACUCAGCAAGGAGCAGCUGGAGGAGCACCGUCCAGGUCAGGAGUUGGAGGAAGGCUGGAUCAUGGUGUGUAAACACACGGAGGGAGGCGACAGGCUGGUGCCGGUGGAGUCACUGGAGACCGUCAGCAGGCAGCAGCAGCUCUUCGGCUACGACCACAAGCCCUGCAACCGGUGGGAGCAGGUGGUGGAUGUGGAGAACGCGCUCUACAUCGGAGCCAAGCCCAAAAUCGCUGAGUGCGACAACGCCGCCGUCCAGAAGUUAAGGUAUGUCCCUCCCACCUGGACGUAUGAAUGUGACGAGGACCUGGUGCACUACUUCUACGACCACAUAGGGAAGGAGGAUGAGAACCUGGGGAGUGUGAAGCAGUGUGUGACCAGCAUCGAUGUCUCUUCAUGCUCGGAGGAUCCCAGUGGAGGAGCGAGCUGUCUGACUGAUGGCGACACGGAAACGUACUGGGAGAGCGACGGCGUGCCGGGACAACACUGGAUCCGGCUGCACAUGAAGAGAGGCACUGUGGUGAAUAAGCUGAUAUUGACGGUGGACUCCACAGACGACAACUACAUGCCCAAGAGAGUCACGGUGUUCGGAGGAGAGGGAGACAGCUUGAAGAAAAUGAGUGAUGUCACCAUAGACGAUAACCUGAUAGGAGAAGUGUGUGUACUGGAAGACAUGACAUCCCACCUGCCUGUCAUUGAAAUUCGAAUUGAGGAAUGUAGAGAUGAGGGAAUAGACGUCCGGAUCCGGGGCUUGAAGAUCAAGUCGUCCUGUGAGAGGGACUUGGGUCUGAACGCUGAUGUUUUCCAGUCCUCUAACCUGGUGCGCUACCCCCGUCUGCAGGGCACCGAGCCGGACGUCCUGUAUCGCAGAGCCUUAGUCAUCCAGAGGUUCAUCUGCCUCCUGGACAGUGUGCUCCCACACGUGGUGCCAGCCUGGGACUACAGCAUGGGAACCUUUAACCAGAUCAAAAGUAUAAAGCAGUUCCUGCUGCUGUCGAAGCGCCGCUCAGCCCUCAUCACUCAGUGCCUGAAGGACUCUGAGACCAGUAAACCAAACCUCAUGCCCCGACUCUACAUCAACAGACGUCUGGCCAUGGAGCACAAAGACAACCCGUCUCUGGACCCCACCUCCAAGAGUGCUGUGCUAAUUCAGGUGUAUGAAGGCCUCAAGCCAUCAGACAAAUUUGAGAAGAUUUUGGAUUAUAGGUGGCCGGCUAGCUACGACCAGUGGUGGGAGUGCAAGUUCAUCGCAGAGGGAAUCAUUGAUCAGGGUGGUGGAUUUCGGGACAGCCUGGCCGACAUGUCUGAGGAGCUGUGCCCGAGCUCAGCCGAGUGUCCGAUGCCUCUGCCAUUCUUCUGCCGCACAUCCAACCAGGGCGCCUUGGAAGCCAAAGAUUAUUACGUCCCCAACCCAUCCUGCAAAGAGUUCCACAAGUACGAGUGGAUCGGUCAGAUCAUGGGAGCUGCUCUCAGAGGAAAGGAUUUCUUGGUCUUGGCUCUGCCUGGGCUGGUGUGGAAGCAGCUGACUGGGGAAGCCAUCACCUGGACUAAAGAUUUCCCUGCUGUAGACUCAGUUCUGGUAAACUUGCUGGAGGCCAUUGAGAACAUGGACCAAGCGACGUUUGAGUUCCGGUUUGGGGAGGAGCUGGUGUACACCACCCUGCAGAGCGAUGGCCAGAUGGUGGAUCUCAUCCCUGGUGGCAGUAACGUGGCCGUGCGCUACGAGGACCGCAGCGAGUUCGUCCGCCUGGUGCAGAAAGCUCGGCUGGACGAGAGCAAGAAGCAGAUUGCAGCCAUGCAGGCGGGGCUGCUGAAGGUGGUUCCUCAGGCGGUGCUGGACCUGCUCACCUGGCAGGAGGCGGAAAAGAAAGUGUGUGGAGACCCAGAGAUCACUGUGGAAGCCUUGAGACGACUCACACGAUAUGAAGACCUGGAACAAAAUGACGGCCGGGUGCAGUACUUGUGGGAAGCGCUGACAAACUUUACCAAUGAGGAUCGCAGCCGGUUUCUGAGGUUUGUAACUGGGAGAAGUCGUCUUCCUGCGCCGAUCUACGUCUUUCCUGACAAGCAGGGCUCUGAAACGACAGAUUCACUUCCACAGUCCUCCACAUGUUCCUCCACUCUUUAUUUACCCAACUAUCCCAGUGCAAAGGUUUGUGAGGAGAAGCUGCGUUACGCUGCGUACAACUGUGUGGCCAUCGACACAGACAUGAGCCCCUGGGAGGAGUGAUCUCUGCUGCUCCACUGAAUGAACUCUGCUCACUUUACAAAUCACUGAUGAAUGCAGAUCGCUUGCUACGCUGAUCACCAUAUCUACACAAUUGCCAAUUUAAUCUAUGCUGUAUAUAAAUAAAGAAAUAUAUGGAAACAUG